UUUCCAUUUCUUUUCUUCUUCUUCUUCUUCUUCUUAUUAUUAUUAUUAUUACUGUUCAUACAUGAUGGAACAACCUUCAAUAGAAUACACCAAAAAAGCAAGACAUGGACAUGCUCAAGAUGUAGUAGAUGAUAACAAUAUUAGACAAGUCGCAGGAUGUUUACCUAUUGAUCCUAUCAAUAAAAAAUUCCUUUUGAUCACCUCAUCCAAUAAGAAUAAUGAUAACUGGGUAUUACCAAAAGGUGGUUGGGAAGAGGAUGAAACCCAAGCUCAAGCAGCUCUACGUGAAACCUGGGAAGAAGCUGGGAUCAAGGGAAGAAUUACAAGACAACUCGGUGUUUUUGAAGAAGCAACAAAGAAACAAAUCAAGGCUCAUCAUUGGAUCUUUGAACUGGAAAUUGAUGAAGUAUGCAAAAAGUUUCCCGAAAAGAAAAAACGAGAACGUCGAUGGUAUACUUUUGAAGAAGCUUUAUUGGUGGUAAAGGGACAAUAUAUGAAGGAUGCUAUCACGUUAUCAAGUCUCAAUCCAUCCAAUUCUGUACCUCAUGUUACCACCCUUAUAUCACAACCAACAUUUCAUUUACAACAAACAGCACCAGCAACAGCACCAGCAACAUCCUUACCAGCACCUACAUCGGCUUCUAUACCAACAACAACAAAUGAUCAUAGUAAACAUUCCUCGUUCACUCAAGGGAUCAAAGCACUUUUUAAGAGAUAGGUUAGACUUUGUUAGUUAGAUAGUAAUCAAUAUUGAAAAUAUACAUUAUAUACACACUAAUAAAAAAAAUAACAAAAGCAAACAUCCAUUCUAUUUUUUAUUUUUAUUUUCUUUUCCAUGUCUUCACUUUAUGGACGAUUCUAGAGUAUCAUUGGCAUUCACAUAUAUAAAAACCAUUAUU